UGUAUAAUGACCUGAAUCAGGCAAUAAUGACCGUUAACAAACAGGAUGACUUGAAGUAAUGGAGAAACAAGCAUGGCCUGGGGAUGUUAAUCAAUUGGCCCCAGCUGGAGGAGUGGAGUCCAGAUGUAGAGCAGCAGAUUGUGAAGAAGAAGAAAGUGAAAAAGACGGAUAAAGUGAAGUUAUACAGUGUCACACCCACGGAAAGCAGCAUGAACAAACCUCCUGUAAAUGUGACAGGAGUGCGUGUGCGAGCCGUGUACGAUUACUCAGGACAUGAAGCGGAUGAACUCAGUUUUAAAGCAGGUGAUGAAUUGACAAAGAUUGAAGACGAAGAUGAACAAGGCUGGUGUAAGGACGUGACAAAUCAUGGACAUGUGGGACUUUAUCCUGCCAACUACGUGGAAGUGAUUUCUUUCUAAAUGAC